AUGAUAGGAACAGCAUUGUCUGUCAGGCCUGUAAGAGGCCUGGGAAAUUUAGUAUAUGGGGCGCCUGAGAAGGUGAAAAAGCACAAGAAGUUUCUUCUGGACAUACUGAUCAGGGCCUUAAAUGACACUUUCAGUUCUGAAGUCAUUGACGAGAGCAUGAAAGCACUGGCCAAAGUCCAGAAGGAGCUGAAGGAGAAGGACGAGGAUAAUGCUCUUCGUUCAUUGGCCUUUGUCCUAUUUGGCCACCUGGCCCACUUGACAAAGAGAAAAUGGAAGGCCUAUUUCGCCGACCAGGUUAGACAGAGCUGGGUCACACUUCUGCUGCACCUGCAAGACCCAAAGCCCAAGGUUUCAAUGGCCAAAGAGAAUGCAGAGCUGCUGGAGAGCUUGUACAAAACCACCAUCAUGUACUUCUAUAGCAGCUGGGAAGGGAUCCGGGAAGUUGCAGCCAAGUUAGCUGGGGAGAGAUGA